GCCAUGGCCGCGCUCGGCCACCCCGCCGCCUUCGGCCGGGCCACGCACGCCGUGGUGCGGGCGCUGCCCGAGUCCCUGGUCCAGCACGCGCUGAGGCGCGCCAAGGGCGACGAGGUGGAUUUCGCCCGCGCCGAGCGGCAGCACCAGCUCUACGUGGGCGUCCUGGGCAGCAAGCUGGGGCUGCAGGUGGUGGAGCUGCCGGCCGACGAGAGCCUCCCGGACUGCGUGUUCGUGGAGGACGUGGCCGUGGUGUGCGAGGAGACGGCCCUCAUCACCCGCCCCGGGGCGCCGAGCCGGAGGAAGGAGGUUGACAUGGUGAAAGAAGCGUUAGAAAAACUUCAGCUCAAUAUAGUAGAGAUGAAAGAUGAAAAUGCAACCUUAGAUGGUGGAGAUGUCCUAUUCACAGGCAGAGAAUUUUUUGUGGGCCUUUCCAAAAGGACAAAUCAACGAGGUGCUGAAAUCUUGGCUGAUACUUUUAAGGAUUAUGCAGUCUCCACUGUCCCGGUGGCUGAUGCGUUGCAUUUGAAGAGUUUCUGCAGCAUGGCUGGGCCUAACCUAAUCGCAAUUGGAUCCAGUGAAUCAGCACAGAAGGCCCUCAAGAUCAUGCAACAGAUGAGUGACCACUGCUACGACAAACUCACCGUGCCUGAUGACGUUGCCGCAAACUGUAUAUAUCUAAAUAUCCCCAGCAAAGGCCAUGUCUUGCUGCACCGAACCCCUGAAGAGUACCCAGAAAGUGCAAAGGUUUAUGAAAAGCUGAAGGACCAUAUGCUGAUCCCUGUGAGCCAUUCUGAAAUGGAAAAGGUAGAUGGACUGCUCACCUGCUGCUCGAUUUUAAUUAACAAGAAGGCAGACUCCUGAGUUGAGUCCCUCCCUAGUAGCCGGCAAUACUGCACUCACAGGCCAAUAACUGUACCCUCUCCUGUCGUUCUCAUUGACAAUCUACUGUGCCACUGUGCUACUAACUCUGGUUUACAAAAGUUUAAUUCUAAGUUUAAUUGCUUUGUUAUGCACCCUCCCCUCCCUCCCCUCACAGUGGUACCUAAGCUGUGGAUUUGCUAAAUGAAUUAAGCAAUUUAGAAAAUACAGAGCUAAUGAAGUAUUGAAAUGUGAUUAAUAAUAGUAAGGAAACACUCAUUUUAAUGUUUGUACUAUCAGUGUGAAAUUGUUUAAUUGCCAAUAUAUGGUGAAGAAUGUCUUCUUGAUCAGUCAGAUAAGCUGAGUCUCUUUUUCUCUGUAUCGUUAAUCAUCUUUGGUUACUGUGAAAUUCCCUGGUCCAUAGAUUCUCCCCUUUUCCCUCUUUUUUUCUUCUGAACUCUGGAAACUUUUUUUCCAGUUACUUUCUUUUGCCUUCUCCACUGCUAUCACAGUCACCUUGACCUUGGGUAAAGUGCAAGGUCUUGCCUUCUGGAUACCUUCCUGCGGGUCCACCCUGUCUGCCAUUGGUCUCCUCUGC